GAGAGUUGUGGCCGUUAACACCACAACCACCAACACAACACCAACAGUGAGGGGAGAGAGACUAAUCAACUAGCUAGAGAGAGAAAAAAAAACUAGCGACGAAAACAAACAACGAACAAGAUGUUCUUGAGGAGGAUAGCAAGGCCAUUAAUGGCGAAAGUUAAGGAAACAACAGGGAUCGUAGGUCUAGAAGUAGUUCCAAAUGCAAGAGAAGUCUUGAUUUCUCUCUACUCCAAAACCCUAAAAGAGAUCCAGGCAAUUCCUGAGGAUGAAGGCUAUCGGAAGGCCGUCGAGAGCUUCACGCGCCAACGUCUCAAGGUUUGCCAGGAGGAGCCUGAUUGGGAGGUUAUCGAGAAGCGCCUCGGUUGUGGUCAGGUUGAAGAAAUCAUUGAGGAAGCUAAAGAUGAGCUUACCUUGAUCUCCAAAUUGAAUGAGUGGAAGCCAUGGGGGGUUGAUGAUGACUAUGAGUGUGAGAUUAUUGAGAAUGAUGCUCCAGUUCCAAAGCACGUUCCAUUGCAUCGGCCUGGCCCACUGCCCGCAGAGUUCUACAAAACGUUGGACGCAAUUGCUUCAGAACCCGUGGACAAACCAGCCAUUACGGAUGGUGAAUCAAAGCCAAAGCAGCAGGAUGCUUAGCUUAUUUUGAGUGUGGUGCUUAUUUGGGGUUUUUUGGAAACCCAAAUCUAUAUCUUCCAUUGACUUUUGAUCUCAUCAGUGUAGUGAAUGAAAAUUAUUUACUCAUCUGAGAGACGUAAUCUGUUUGUUUCAAUAAAACGAAGUUUGGGUAUGAGCCGGUCACACUAGAUGACCGUUUUGUAUGCACAAAACCGAAAUUUUGAUUUGUUGAUAAGAUGAUUGUCUAUGGAGGAUUUGGCUCAGCCAACAUUUACAA